CUGACGCACCGCUCCGGCUUCCUACUCAUUUCGGCAGUCAGGUGUACUAACUGCGCUUCCCUGCGUCUUGUAAACAUUAGGUAUACUAUAUAUUUACAUGGAUUUUUUGUGUCAGUAAAGUGCUGCUCAUCUGAAGUCAAGAAGCGGUCUGUUUAUUUCGUCAUUCAUAUAGCAUUUUGUUCAUUGAUUCUUUGAUGUCUUGACUUGUCAUGUGGUAUGUCCUCAUAUUGCAAGGUGUUUUGAGAAGAUAUCUGGAUUGAUGCCCAGCAGGUUAAGAUGGAACUGUCUGAAUCUAUCACACACAAGAACGGGAGGCAGCGGAAGCCUGUGGUGUCCAACCCAGACAUGGGAGAAAGGGAAUCCAAGCUACAAGUGGAGGGUGAUGAGGAGGCUCUUCUACCAAACUCAGACAAGGCUGAUGGACAAACAAAAGCGAGUCGUGGAAUUAAAGGAGAACUGGGCAAUGUGGCCCUGUUAUUAUUUUUGUAUGUACUUCAGGGCAUUCCCUUAGGCUUGGCCGGAAGCAUUCCUCUCAUCAUGCAGAGUAAGAACGUUAGCUACAAGGACCAGGCCUAUUUUAGCUUUGUCUUUUGGCCCUUCAGUCUAAAGCUGUUAUGGGCUCCCCUGGUGGACUCGCUUUACCUGCGGCAGUUUGGCAGGAGGAAGUCGUGGCUGGUGCCCACUCAGUACCUGCUGGGUCUUUUUAUGCUUUACCUAUCCGUCACGGUUGAUGGAAUGCUUCAGGCAGAUGGACAAAAAGGGCCGGAUGUAAUCACUCUGACCGCGGUCUUCUUCAUGCUGGCUUUCCUCGCAGCCACGCAAGAUAUUGCUGUUGAUGGCUGGGCUUUGACUAUGCUGUCCAGGGAGAAUGUAGGUUAUGCUUCCACUUGUAACUCUGUGGGUCAGACGGCUGGAUACUUUCUAGGAAAUGUGUUGUUUCUGGCUCUGGAGUCUGCUGAUUUCUGCAACAAGUAUCUGAGGUUUGAGCCUCAGGAGCGGGGCAUUGUAACACUCUCAGAUUUCCUGUUUUUCUGGGGGAUUGUGUUCAUGGUAUCUACCACUCUGGUUGCUGUCUUGAAAAAGGAAAACAACAAACAGCAUCUUAAUAAGAAGAAGCCUAGAGAGGAGACACAGAGUGUUAUGGAGACUUACAAACUUUUGUUGUCUAUAAUUAAAAUGCCCACUGUCUUUACAUUCUGUGCCCUUCUGUUGACUGCUAAGAUCGGUUUCUCUGCAGCUGAUGCCGUGACAGGGCUAAAGCUAGUAGAAGCUGGGGUUCCUAAAGAGCAGCUGGCUCUACUGGCAGUUCCCAUGGUGCCUCUGCAGAUCCUGCUGCCUCUAGUUAUUAGUAAAUACACAGCUGGACCACGUCCACUUGAUGUUUUCUACAAAGCUUUCCCAUUCAGGCUGCUGAUUGGUCUGGAGUAUGCCCUGCUGGUCUGGUGGACCCCAAGUGUUCGGCAGGAGGAAGGCUUUCCAGUGUAUUACUAUGCUGUUGUGCUGCUGAGCUAUGCAGUACAUCAGGUGGCACUAUACAGCAUGUAUGUUGCCUGCAUGGCUUUUCAUGCCAAGGUCAGUGACCCUGUAAUAGGGGGCACCUACAUGACCCUUCUGAACACUGUGACUAAUCUAGGUGGGAACUGGCCCUCUACUCUAGCUCUAUGGCUGGUAGACCCUCUCACCUUUAAAGAGUGUCAGGGAGCCCCAGGCCAGACAUGCGGCUCGGUUGAAGAAGCAGGGCUCUGUGUCAGAGAGGGUGGUACAUGUGUGACAACAUUGGACGGUUACUACGUUGAGUCUGUGGUGUGUGUUCUGAUCGGUCUCUGCUGGUGGAUCUUCUUCGGGAAAAGAAUUAAGCGGUUACAAGAAGAAAGCCCCUCUGCGUGGCAUUGCAGGGUUGCCAAAUAGCAUAAUCUCAACUGGACUCUUGUCUCUUGUUUUAAAGUUACUCCAUGCCUUGCCCUCUCUUUUCCUUCUCUGAGUGACGACUUAUUUUUGUCAUGCUACAGCAGGCCUGUAGACAGGCUUUAAACACUUUGAGGACUGAAAUAGUAAAAUAUACUGUACUAUCAAAUUUUUAGCAUAACUGUUCCAUUAUUCCCAAGAAUUAAAGCUUUAAGGCCAAAUUUGAAUCUGUACAUCUAGAAAUGGCACUAGCGUAUGUGUGAAGUACACGAUACAAAAUAGCGGCAUGCCAUUCACUGCUCUAUUUAAUCAAGCAUUUGUCUUAGAAAUACUUGAGUUCCUGUGCCUUGUGGUUUUGCGUUUCUAAUAUCAUACACAUUUCUUCCAACAAGACUGUACAUGAUCAUACAUGAUAUACAGUUGAGGCCAAAAGUUUACAUACACCUAAAAUAAGAGGGAUCAUACAAAAUACAUGUUAUUUUUUUAUUUAGUAGUGACCUGUAUAAAAUAUUUCACAUAAAAGAAUUUUACAUAUAUGUCCACAAGAGAAAAUAAUAGUUGAAGUUAUAAAAGUUUACAUACACUUGAUUCUUAAUACUGUGUUGUUUCCUGGAUGAUCCACAGCUGUUGAUGCUCCAAAAAAUAAGUUAUGCAUUAAGAACCAGGGGUGUAAACUUUUGAACAGAAUGAAGAUGCGUACAUUUUUCAUAUUUUGCCUAAAUGUAAUAAUUUUUUUCAUUUAGUACUGCCCUUCAACUAUUAUUUUCUCUUGUGGACGUAUAUGUAAAUGUCUUUUUUAAUGUGAAAUAUCUUAUGAUCUUAUUGUAUGGUCCCUCUUAUUUUGGUAAAAUAAUUAACAUUUUGCAGAUUCUGCAAGGUGUAUGUAAACUUUUGACCUCAAGUAUAUGCAUGCAAAAUUCACAUUUCAGCUUUUAUGCUUUAUCUCCAGAAAGACUUGAUUCUAAUUGAACUCUUCAGGUGGAAUGUAAAUAUUAAUACAUUAUAGACCCAAAUUGCCUCAUCAGUCACAUAAUUGUGAAUGAAACUGGUUGUAAUGCUAUUGAAAUUGGUUUUAGAGGUGGAAAUGGUUUUAUUAUGUUGUUUUCUAUUAUGUUCAGUGUCGGUUUCUAUUAUGUAUAUAAAUCAAAUGACCUAGCUAUCAAUAUAAUGUAUAGUGAAGAAAGUUAACUAUAACUUCUGCAAGGCCAGGAAAAAAAAAUAAUAUUGAUAGCAGACUAUAUUUAAUUUCUUUUUUGUAUUUUUUCUUUGUUUUUCUGGCCAGUGAUUUUAGUGAAGUUUGAAUGUGUGUGACUGAACUUACUAUUCAUGAAACCAGCUUUGUCUUUUAAGACAACAGAUUUUGUUAGCGCAACCAAAACCCAUGUCAGCAAAUUAAUCAUUAGAAUUUCUGUAAAUGAUUUAGACUUUUCAGCAGUGGAAAGGAAAGCCUAGAAUUUACAACUGUAAUGUUUGUUAUUGGUUGACUGGGAUAUUUAAACAAUCACCAGCACUUUUACUAAAAGUUGGUUUUCAGUGAUGCCGAGGUGAAAUUUAAAGAGAUUGUGCACCCAAAACUGACAAUUAUUUAAUUAGUUAUUCAUCUUUUAUCAUUUUAUCAUUCUUUUUUUUUUUU